GAGCAGUUAUGGAUGUUUGAGGAUGGAUAUUUGGUCAAUAGGAAAACAUCUCUAGUCAUUGAUAUCGAAGGUGGCGACUUGCGGUGCGACCAGAAAGUGAUACAAUAUGACCGCAAAAAGACAAUGGCUCACAAUCAGAGGUGGCAAAUCCGUGACGGAUUCAUUUAUGCAGUAGCAGACCCAAGACUUGUGCUCACCUUAAAGAAUGAGGAUGGGUCUCGAUGCUUCGUGUCCUAUAGAAACUUGGAAGAUUCUGAACUUCAACAAUGGUAUAUUGAACCAUAUGGAGGCUGA